AUGUCCUACUAUCCAGGUCAAGGCGGCUACGGCGCGCAACAGCACGGCGGCGGUUAUGGCUAUCCUCCUCAAUCGCAUUCGCCACAGCCUUACCCUCCUCAAGGCUAUUCUCAAGGCGGAUAUCCUCCUCAAUCCUAUUCACCACAGCCAUACCCCCCUCAAGGCUACGGUGCUCCUCAGGGUUAUCCUCAUCCCUCACAGCAAGUGGCGCCCUACGGUUAUAACAAUCCUCCUCCGCCACAACAAGGCGGUUAUGGUGGUUAUGGGUCUCCGCCACCUCAACCAAAUGGAUAUCCAGGUCCUCGGCCGGGAAUGCCGGCUUACAACAAUACUCCUCAUCACGGCCCUCCUCCACCACCGACAGCCCCACAACAAUUCGGGUCAGGAGCUCCUUCGGGCUACAGCUAUCAAUAUUCCAAUUGUACGGGGAAAAGAAAGGCGCUCCUAAUUGGAAUCAAUUACUUUGGCCAAAGAGGACAGUUGCGGGGUUGUAUCAACGAUGUCAAGAACAUGUCGACCUAUUUGAAUCAAAAUUUCGGAUAUGCCAGAGAAGACAUGGUUAUCUUGACUGAUGACCAACGAAAUCCAAUGUCUCAGCCCACAAAAGCCAAUAUUCUCCGAGCGAUGCAUUGGUUGGUCAAAGAUGCUCGACCCAACGAUUCAUUGUUCUUUCAUUACAGCGGUCACGGAGGCCAGACGCCCGAUUUGGAUGGAGACGAAGAGGACGGCUAUGAUGAGGUAAUAUAUCCCGUGGAUUUCCGAACAGCAGGCCACAUUGUGGAUGAUGAGAUGCACCGAAUUAUGGUGAAGUCACUGGCCCCCGGUGUCCGACUGACGGCGAUCUUCGACUCGUGUCACUCCGGUUCUGCCCUCGACCUGCCCUAUAUCUACUCCACCCAAGGUGUGCUCAAAGAGCCCAAUUUGGCCAAGGAAGCAGGACAAGGUUUAUUGUCGAUUGUUUCAUCAUACGCCCGUGGAGAUUUGGGUGGCAUGGCGUCCACCGCCAUGGGUCUUUUCAAGAAGGCUGCUACGGGAAAUUCCACACACGAGCGGAACAAGCAGACCAAGACCAGUCCGGCCGAUGUUAUCAUGUGGUCGGGCAGCAAAGACGAGCAAACCAGCCAAGAUGCUCAAAUCAACGGAGAAGCAACUGGCGCCAUGAGCUGGGCAUUCGUAACCGCAUUGAAGAAGAACCCACACCAAAGUUAUGUGCAGUUAUUGAAUAGCAUUCGAGACGAGCUGGCGACGAAGUAUUCUCAGAAACCUCAAUUGAGCUGCUCACAUCCAUUGAACACGGAUUUGUUAUAUGUGAUGUAA